AUGGAUAAUAUUUUGAUACAAGUAACCGGUACUAAAAGAGUGGUUUUAUUCAGCCCUAGUGAUGUACAGUACCUAUAUCUAAAUGGGGAUAAGUCUGAAGUUUUGGAUAUAGACAAUCCUGAUGUAGAAAAAUAUCCUGAGUUUUUGAAAGCAACGAGAUACGAGUGUAAUCUAGAACCUGGUGAUAUUCUUUUUAUUCCUGCUCUGUGGUUUCAUAACGUGAUUUCAUUAGACUUUGGUGUGGCAGUUAAUGUGUUUUGGAAACAUUUAGGGAUUUAUUACCAGCUCAACGUGCCACUGGACAGAGCGUUAAAAACAUUAGAUGAACUUCCAGUGGAAUAUAAGGAAUUUUAUGCAAGGCGUCUAAUAGCUAGAAUUGAAUCAAAAGUUAUCUUACGGAAUCCAGAUACGACUUGA